GUGGACCGUGGUGUUGUCAAUUGUCAUACAUCAGUACGGGACACUUGUGUUGACUUUUUAAUAACCUAAAAAAAUAUUAUCAAUUAUCAUAACCUCAUCUAAACUAUAAAGACAAUAAGUAAUUAAGUAAAUAUUAUAAUGUGUGAUAAUACAAUUAAAGUCGGUGAAUAUAUCGUUAUACAAAAGCAAAACUAUAAAAAGUUACAUAAAUUCAAUAAACCAAAUUCAUCCGUAAAUGUAGGAAAAGAUACAAUAAAUUUAAGUGGAAUAGAAGGAUGUCAGUAUUUUUCUAUAUUUAAGAUGAUACCUAAAGGUACAAAAAGGAAUAAAGAAUAUGACAUAGAAUUAUCGAAAGAAGCACUUAAUUUAAUACAAGAAAUAAGUUUAAAAACAUCAGGUACCGAUAAUAGAAAUAUUUACGACGAUGGAAGAUCACAAAAACUAUCGGCUACUGAAAUUAGCGAACUCAAGAGUGAUUCCAUAAGCGCAUCAGAAAUUGUUGAAACUUUAAUUACAAAUUCAAAUACAUUUCACAAUAAAACUGAAUUUUCGCAAGCUAAGUAUUUAAAAAAGAAAGAAAAGAAAUAUUUCGAAUACAUUCAAAUUUUGAAACCCAAUCUCCGAAAUAUUACUGAAAUAUUAUACAAAUUAGACCCAAGCAAGGUACAGGGUGUUCGUAUAGAUACUUUGUCCCAAAUUAUGACAUUAUCAAAUAUUAGUAGUGAAGGUAAUCAUUUGCUUUAUGAUUCAGGUUCUAAUGGUCUCCUUGCUGCUGCCUUAUUAAGUGCAAUGGGACCACAGAGUAAUGGACAAUUGGUACAUAUGCAUCCCGGAAAUAUGUCUCAGAAACAAGCAUUGUUAGCUAUGAAUUUUACUUCAGAGCAAAAUAACAAAUGUGUAUCAGUUAAUGUGUAUUCAGUCUUGAGACAAGUGUACCAAGGUUCUGACACUAAUUCCGCAGAUUCCGCUACAGAAAAAACAACCAAUUUGAAAAGAAAAGCACCAGAAAAUAUAGAACAUGAAAGUAAAUUGCCUAAGCUAGAGGAAAACAAUGAUGAUAAGGAGAACAGUGAGGUCAAGGAAAAUAGUGAGGUUGAUGAAAGAGCACCUAAGAAACCUAAAUGGCACUUUGAUAAUAUAAAGGCUUCAGAAAUUUUAACCCAGAAAGUUGACUCUUUAGUAAUAGCAUGUAAAGAAGACCCUCAAAAUAUAUUUAUGGAACUUAUGAAUUUUGUAAAGCCUGGUAGACCUUUUGUUAUUUAUUACAGUGUAGCUGAACCACUGCAAAACUUAUAUAUGGCACUCAAAUCUUUAAGUAAUGUUGCUGCUUUAAGAUUAACCAACAAUUGGAUGAGAAAUUAUCAGAUUUUACCUGACAGGACACAUCCAGAAGUGAUGAUGAAUGGAUCAAGUGGAUUUCUUUUAUCUGGUUAUAUAUUGAAAUAGAUUAAUAUUUAAUUGAAUAUAAAAAUUAAAUAUUGAACAAUGUAACAAGCUUUCUUUAAUUUUUAAAUGUCAUACAAAUCAUAUAUAUUAUCAAAAAUUUGCUUCUUUUUUAUAAAAGAUCUGUUGCUAGCUUUUCUAAUUCUAGAUAAGCAAAAUUACAAUUUAUUCCUACUAUAAAAUGUUGAAACAGUUACAAUUCAUCAUUAGUGUUACAUGUAAUGUUUGCUGCAAAAUUAAAUGAAUAUAAAAAUAACUGUUGAACAGGUUGGCAAUACAAUACAAUGUUUGUGUUGGUACAUAAACUAUUUAACAUUAUGUCACUGAAGAAAUAUUUCACAUAAACCAUAUGUAUGUUUUAAAACAAUGUUACGUCUAGAAUAUUUGAAUAGUAUUAAACAUUUGAUAGUUUUUCACUUCUAAUAAAAUGUAUUUAACAUUGUGUAUGUGUGCAUGAAAUUGAUAUGAAA